CUUUGCACGCCGACGGUUUGUUUUAGCGCUCGCGAUUCUGUGUGCUCCCCUUUUUAGGCUCUCGCGCGUCGCCGCUUCCACGUGAAUAUUAAAGAAAGAUAUAAAAGUAAAAAGGAACCCAAAAAUAAGCACGCGCGCGUUUCUGUGCGUGUGUGUGCGGUUGUGACAGUGUGUAUUGAGAGUGUGUGUGCGCGUGCAUUUAUUUUUAAGCAGCGGCAAAUGUAAAGCGGCGGCAUGUGUAAAACCGACUGCCAACAAAAAAUAAAUACAAAAUAAGCAAAAGAGAAUAUCAAAUCAAAUCAAAAUCUAUAAAUAUCACAGGCCGGCAGCACAAAACACAAACGACGAAAGUUGACAAAAAAAAAAAGUAAGAGCAAAAGAAUUAGUAUGAAGAAUAAAUGUAAAUCGAGAGAAAUGAAAACGAAACUCAAAUACGACCAGCUGCUCGCAGUUACGCUCUGCACGCUGCUAACUCUGGCAGCAGCCGCAGUCGACGCUCAGCCUGCCAGCUCCUAUGGCGCCUCCUUCAUAUCAAAUCCGGCUAUCUAUGCUUACACGGUGGAUAAUCAACAACAACAACAACAGCAACAACAACAAGAGCAGCAGCAGCAACAGUUAAUCAAUUUUGACACUGCCAAUGUGAAUGGCAAUUCGAAUGAGAAUGCUAAUGUGAAUGUAAAUGUGAAUGGCAAUUAUCGUGCCGCCUCUAAUCGCAAUUACUACUACACCGAUGUGAAUGCAAAUGCAAAUGGAGAUGCUGCAACGCCUACGCUCACCACGCCCCAAGCACCUGCUUCGGUCCCGGUUUCAUCAGCUGCAACACAGCCAGCUCCCUUAACUGGCUGCACUCUGGAUCGUCUCGCCGUCUAUAAGGUCGUCUUGCACACCUAUUGGACCCGAGAACUGUUCCCCAAACACUAUCCAGAUUGGCGACCCACCGCCCAAUGGACCAAGACUUUAGGUCGCACACACAAUGCCAACUAUGCGCUCUACCACAUCGGACAGCCAGCCACGGCGGGCGUCAAACAAUUUGCAGAGACGGGCAAAACGGAGCAGCUGGACAGCAAUGCUGGUGAGCAGCAGCAGCAGACGAUGCAGGCGGCGGGUCAGGCACACACACAGAAGCAGCAACCAUCGCAAGGAUUUGCCAGCGGAACGGAGCGGAGCGUAUUCGAUGAGUUCACCAUGCCGGCAAUUCAGUUGGGCGCAGGUCGAAGUGAGGCCAAAGUGUUUGUCGACAGUAAUCACAGCUUGGUAUCGCUAAUGACGCGCAUUGUCCCAUCGCCGGAUUGGUUUAUAGGCGUCGACUCGUUUGAGCUCUGCGUUGGCGGCUCAUGGAUUGAUACGGUCACCGUUGAAUUGGAUCCACUUGAUGCGGGCACCGACAACGGCUUCACCUUUACCGCACCCAAUUGGCCAACGGCACCGCAGGGUGUCAUCUAUCGCAUCACCUCACGCUAUCCUGCCCAUCCGGCUGGCAGUUUCUAUUACCCGAAGAGCAAGCGUUUGCCUCCUAUCGCCACAUUUCAGUUCAUCAAGCUGAAGGAGUACGAGCUGAGCGAGGUAUUCAACAUUGCCGAGGAUGAUCGCAAAUAUGAAAUGGUCCAGACCCAAACACACCUGGAUGCCGAGCACAAUCACGUCGAGAUGAAUAACGAGCUGUCCGCAAGCAUUGAGCGAGAGCGACAGAGAGAGCGAGAUGGCGACAGAGAUGGACAGACACCGCAACAGCUGCAGCUGCAACAAUACGAUGAGGAGCGACAACGCAUACGCUCCCAGUUGCUGGCCAAAAUGAAUCCCAUCUACAACAACAGCCAACAACCGCCAUCAGCGGUGGUCAGCGUAGUGCCGAAGAAUGAUAAGCAUGCGCUGAUGCAGAGCAUUGCCAACAGCUACAGGCGCACGGAUGUGGGCAAUGACAAGAACAACAACAACACCAACUACCCGGCCCAAGUUCCGGCAAAGGACAUUGCUGCAGCUGCUGUUGCUGUUGCUGCUCCAACACGACGUCGGUCGGGGUCGAGAAUGGCGUCGAAGCGGCGUCGCGACUGUCGCGUGAGCCACUGGUCGGAGUGGACGGCCUGCAGCAAGAGCUGCGGCAUUGGUGAGAUGCAUCGAUAUCGCAAAGUCAUCAAACACGGCAAGAGGGGUGGGCGACCAUGUCCGGCACUGCAGCAGUCCAAAUGGUGCGGCACCGAGCGCAAUUGUCAUGGGCCUCAGAGCUAUUUUAAUUGGUCCGAUUCCGAUACAUGAACACGCUAUGCUGGACCAAGCGAUAUAUAAAUAUAAUUUUAAUUUAAGGCGUAAGAAUUGCUUUUUGUGUGGAAAAAGAAAAACAGUAGAAACGAGAGACAGAGAGAGGAAGAGGGAGAACCCCCCACAACGGAGAGAACCAGGCGGAGACCUCAGCAGCUGCAGAUCGAUUUUAAUUUAAAUUUAAAUUUAGAUUACGAUACGAAAUUGAAAUUGAAUUGAACAAAAUUUUAAAAUGCACGCAAAUGCAGACAACCAAAAGUUUGAAACUAACUAAAAUUGAAAGAAAAAGCAAAACUUAAUAAUCAUGAAAAUUGCAUAUGAAACCGAAGACUACUGACAAUAUUAAAAAACAAAAUGGAUUUAAAAAACAUAUGCUGAACUGCUUCGAGUUCCACAUUGGAAAGCAUUCGAUGAGUGAAAUAUUUCGAAUCGGUAUCAAUCGUGGAAUUUGAAGCAGCUCUGAAACACAAUUUUGGCUAAUGAAGAACAUUUUAAGUUGUUCUUUUGAGUUGCUUAAGCUAAUUUUAAUGUAUAAAUCAAGCAGAAAUUUCUGAGUACAUGUGUCAUAUAUAAAAGAAAUGCGAAAAACCAAAAAAAUUACUAUUUAGUAGUCGUACAAAUUUAAGAUGCAAGCGAGUACGAGAGCGCUUUAAUAAAAUGCGCUACCAAUUUUUUAUGGGAACUAUCUAAACUAUAUACCCUAUAAAAUUAAUAAUUUCACAAAUUUGGAAAAUCGAAUUCAAAAAUGAUGCCAACAGUAGAGUUUUAUUUUGAAAUCUAAAUAUUUUUUAUUUUUGUGCUACAUCGGAAGUUUUAAUAUUUUUUUUUAGAAUAGCCAUUUUUUUAAAUUGCUCUCGUAUGUAUAAGUAUAUUAACUGAAUCAAAGAAAUAAAAAAAAACAAGCGUGAAAAUUUGCGUAACCAAACAAGGAAAACAACCCAAACCAAAAAGAAAACGUCGCACUCACACUCGAAACUAUUGGUUGAAGAGUGUGUGGAGGGCAGCAAUUAAGCUAACAUUAGAUGUAAACUAAGUUAAUUAUACUUAACAGAUUGCAAUAAAAGUAAAAGAACAACUAUAACAAUAACAGCAAGAGCAACAGUUAAUUACAUUUUACUUUAAAAAGUGUCUACAAGUUCAAUUUGAGCUCGGGCAAAGUUUAGCAGCCAAAAAGUUUGACAGUCAUAUGACCACAAAGUAGAAAGUCGCUUUGAUUUUACAAUUUCACGGUUAGACAAGCAAACAGUUUGAGGAGAACACAGUUUGAGAGUAGUUGACAGUUGUAGAGGCACUCGGCUUGAGCAGUCUUUGACAUACCAAAUGUAAAAUAAAGAAAGAACGCAAAUCGCAAACAAAUUAGUCAUUAAAACAAUUAUGAUGUAAUGAAAUAAUGAACAACUGCAAGUGCAUAAGACAUUUUGUAAAAUAAAUCAACAGAAAAAUAACAAACCAAUAAAAAUCAAUGCAUCGUAAACUGUAA